GCUGCUGCUGCCUCCUGUCCCCUCUUUCCCCCCCCCCCCUACUCGUUGACCUCUUCCGCCCUCCCGUCACUCCUCCCCUCCUCUCCCGCACGUCAGCUCCCUCCCCUUUCUCCCCCUCUCCCGCCUCCGACACACCACCACCGCCAUGCUUCGCCAGGCUGGUUUCCGUUGCACCGCCUCCCUGAACGGCAUGCUGGCCGCCCGCUCGGCCGGCGCCGGUCCCGCCCGCCAGAUGUCCCACCUGGCCCGGCGGUCGGCUGUCGCCUGCACCGGGUCCCAGACCGCCUCGCUUCUGGCCCUGGCUCGUGCUGGCCCCGUCCCGCGCCCUGGGUCCGCUCCCCAGCUCCCCGCUCAUCAGCCCCUGCGGUUCUUCUCGCUUUCGACCGCCACCGGGAUGAGCGCGCAGCCGGCCGGUGCCACCGGCUCCGGCAGCCUCACCCCCGAGCAGAUCGUCAAGAACACCCGCAAUGUGGCCAUCAUUGCUCACGUCGAUCACGGCAAGACCACCCUGGUGGAUACGCUGCUGAAGUCCUGCAAUGAGGAGCUUUCCGGCGUGGAUCGCGUGAUGGACUCGGACCCGCAGGAGCGCGAGCGCGGCAUCACCAUUAUGGCCUCGGCCACCUCGGUGUCCUACGGGGAUUACAACCUGAACAUCGUCGACACGCCGGGUCACGCGGACUUUGGCGGUGAGGUGGAGCGUGUCCUGGGCAUGGUGGACGCCGUGGUGCUGGUGGUCGAUGCCACCGAGGGCCCGAUGACCCAGACCAAGGCCGUCCUGGCGAAGGCCCUGCAGAACCGCAAGCGGGCCGUGGUCAUCCUCAACAAGGUGGACCGCGAGUCGGCCCGACUUGGGGCCGUGGAGAACGAGGUGUUCGACCUGUUCUGCUCGCUCGGCGCCGAUGAUGACCAGCUGUCCUUCCCGAUUCUCUACACCUCCGGCCGUGAUGGCUGGGCCGUCGACAACCCGGAUGACAUUCCCCUGAUCAAGUCCGGCAAGAAGACCGCCGACAUGCGCCUGCUUCUGGACGCCAUCAUCGAGGUGACCCCGUCCCCCGAGCCGGAGGCCCUGGCCAGCCCCUUCUCCAUGGCUGUGACCAUGAUUCACCGCGAGCCCUUCCUCGGCCGCGUGGCCACCGGCCGCAUUGCCACCGGCUCGGUCAAGGUCGGCGACCCGCUGCACGUCCUGCUGCCGAAGACCGCCAACGACAGCACCCCCACCGACUCCGGCCGUGUGACCAAGCUCCUCAAGCGCCGUGGUGUUGAUCGCCUCGAGAUCGAGGAGGCUCACGCCGGCGAUAUUGUCAUGAUCUGCGGUCUGUCCAAGCCGCUGGUCACCAACACCGUGGCCUCGCCGUCGGUCACCGUGCCCCUGGACGUCAUCCCCAUCGACCCGCCCACCGUGUCCAUGAUGUUCUCCCCGAAUGACUCUCCCUUCAACGGCCGCGAGGGCAAGAGCAUCACCUCGGCCCAGCUGCUGGAGCGCCUGCAGCAUGAGAUGGAGCACAAUGUGUCCAUCCGUGUUGGCCCGCAUCCCACGCGGUCGGACUCCUUCGAGGUCCAGGGCCGUGGCGAGAUGCAGCUCGGUGUGCUGAUUGAGAACAUGCGCCGCGAGGGCAUGGAGUUCUCGGUUUCCCCGCCGACCGUCGUCUACCACAAUGACGAGAACGGCCGCCAGGAGCCCAUGGAGGAGGUGGUCAUCGAGGUGGACGAGCAGUACACCGGCAUUGUCAUUGAGAAGCUUUCCAUCCGCAAGGGCGAGAUGCUGGACAUGUCGCAGGAGCUCGGCAACAAGACCAAGCUCACCUUCCGCGUGCCCUCUCGUGGUCUGAUCGGCUACCGGCCCAUUUUCAUGGUGGACACCCAUGGCACCGGCAUCAUGAACCGUGCCUUCACCGAGUAUGUCCCGUACCGCGGCCAGUUCGAGCGCGUGCGCAAGGGUGUCAUCGUGUCCAUGGACACCGGUGUGUCGACCGCCUUCGCGCUGAACUCCAUCGAGGCCCGUGGCCAGCUGUUCAUCGGCGCCAACGUCGAUGUCUAUCCUGGCAUGGUCAUUGGCGAGCACAGCCGUGACAACGAUCUCGACGUCAACCCCAUUCGCGCCAAGAAGGUCACCAACAUUCGGACCACCGCGGCUGACGAGCAGAUUCGCCUGACCCCCCCGCGGCAGAUGUCCCUGGAGGAGGCCCUUGGCUACAUCAACCCCGACGAGUUGGUUGAGGUUACCCCGAAGAAUGUGCGCAUUCGCAAGCAGAUCCUCGACGCUGGCAAGCGCCGCACCAACGCCAAGGUCAUGGUCUAAGAGCACCAGCAUCACCAUGAUCGCCGAAAAGGCCAUCAGGGUGCACCACCCCUCUGUCGAUGUCCUGCAAAAUGGGGCUUGCCAGGAGUGAGCAACAGGGCAAGGGCUGCCAUCGGGUGGGGGGGGGGGGGGGGGGGCGCGCGCGCCGUACACACGGAGGCCCGGGGGGGCGCCACACACAUUGACUGCCUUCUUUUCCUUGCCGAGUGUGUCCCCCCCCCCUCCCCCUAUGCGUCCCAGUGCCGGCCGUGUAUGGGUGGUCGUCCUUUCGGCGAGCGUGCGCCCCCCAUCCCCCCCCUCCCUCCCGCAUGCGCAGACACGCGCCCCCUCUCACCCCGCGGAGGCCAAUGCAAUUUCCCAAACACCCA